CGCCAGUGGGGACCUUCUUUAAUCGGCGUCGCACUGUCAUGCUUUUUUGGUCCCUCCGUUUUUGUUGAGAGUAACAUUUACAGAACACUUACAGCUUUAUUAGAUCAUGGUAACUACGUGUUAUUGAAGACAACAAGUAUUUUCACAUUUAUUUCACUUUUAAAGGGAAACGGGUGUUUUGCUCUAUUGCUUACCGGCUAACCAUGUGGUGCCGGAGCCGUUAUGUCCUUGAAGGUCUCACCCGGGAGUUCAGUAGAGUGACGGUUUCUCCUGUUAAAAACUUCUCACAAACUGCGUGCAAGAACACGGUCGUUGUUGAGCGAUGGUGGCAGGUACCGCUCUCGAAGGAAGGACGGCCGCCUCGGCUCCACCCCAGGCGGCAUCGGGUCUACAAAUUGGUGGAAGACACCAAGCACCUUCCGAAGGAGAAGAUGGAGCUCAUUCUGACACAGACCGUUCCCAAGUUUGGGGGCCGGGGAGACACGGUCAUCGUGAAGAAGUCUGUGGGGCGCAACAAGCUCCUGGCAGAGGGGCUCGCUGUGUACCCCUCCCCCGAAAACAAGCAGAUGUUCCUGGAUGAAAAAAAGCAGCUGCAGGAGGGGAAGCUGGAGGGGAGGACCCAGACUCGCACAGGAGAGCUGACAGUGAAGUUCCUGAAAGGCUGUCGCCUGGAAGUGGGUAUGAGGAACAACGUGCAGUACGAGCUGACUAAAGAAAUCGUCUGCCGCCAUUUCCUCCGGAGGCUAGGAGUGUUUGUCUCGCCCCAUGCCCUGACGCUUCCAGAAGAGCCAAUCACGCGAUGGGGAGAGUACUGGUGUGAAGUUACGGUGAACGGGCUGGACACAGUGCGCGUCCCCAUGUCCGUGGUGAAUUAUGAGAAACCCAGGACGAAAAGUCGCAAGAAAUGGCAGAAGGGGGAGGAGCCCACACCGCAGGGAGCGGAGCUGAUGCCGCAGGGGGAGGAGCCGGCACUGCAGGGGGAGGAGUCAACGCCGCAGGGAGCGGAGCUGAUGCCGCAGGGGGUGGAGCCGGCACCGCAGGGGGAGGAGCCAACGCCGCAGGGAGCGGAGCUGAUGCCGCAGGGGAGGAGCCGGCACCGCAGGGGGAGGAGUCAACGCCGCAGGGAGCGGAGCUGAUGCCGCAGGGGGUGGAGCCGGCACCGCAGGGGGAGGAGUCAACGCCGCAGGGAGCGGAGCUGAUGCCGCAGGGGGUGGAGCCGGCACCGCAGGGGGAGGAGCCAAUGCCGCAGGGGGAGGAGCCAGUGCCGCAGGGGGUGGAGCCGGCACCGCAGGGGGAGGAGCCAGUGCCGCAGGGGGUGGAGCCGGCACCGCAGGGGGAGGAGCCAGUGCCGCAGGGAGUGGAGCCGGCACCACAGGGGGAAACCAAAAGGCCUGGCUCAGACGAGCCAGCCAAGAACGACCCGUAACACGGCCCAACGUCCGUUUCAGGACCGCUGACACCAGCGAGUGGGGGGGGGGGGGGAGAGGUGCAUCGUUAAAAUCUCUUAUUUAAAGCAUUGUCUAAUAUGCCAGAGACAUUUCCCCAGUGGUGACUGAAGAAAACACGUCCAAAGCACUCUCAGUCUAGACUUGCACCUAACUACUCCCCCACCCAACUCUUUGUGAUUUCACUGACUCGCAUUACAUCAUCCCCAUGGGGGGCGUGGCUGUGGCUCUAUGCCGUUAUUGGUUGAAAAGCGUUUCUGUGUAAUCCUGGCUUGUUUCUUCUCUUUGUUAUGCAAAUGUGUCAAAUCAGGUUGGUGGGGUCAUUUCCAUUCUGUGGGAAUCCUCUGAAAUUCAGUUAAUGAACUGAGAAUUGCAUGUGUCCGGGUUCCGGGUGGACAUUUCAGUUCAUGAACUGAAUUUCAGUUGAUUUUCUGAAUAGGCUGGUUUAAAAUGGGAUCAACCCCAAGCCUGGUAUGUCAUGGAGUUUGACCAGAGCACCUGCUUGUGAAAGCAUAAUCAUCAUCCUCAUCGCUAGUAUCAUCACCGUCAUCAUCAAGGGUCCUGUGUUAACUAUUGGGUGUGAAAUGGUGUCCCUCUUCUUAUCUUGUUCUUGUUUGGGUGGGAGGGGGGGAAGGACAAAACAAAAAUGAGCCUACGGUCAUAAAGCAUCCCGGCGUACAAGCGCUGAUCUAGGAUCAGUUGUGGCUUUUGGCUGUUUAUGGUUAUGAUUGGGAUAUGGACAGGGGAAAACCUGAUCUCAGAUCAGCUCUCAUAUGCUGAGAUACUGUACAGAUACAGAACCCUGGAAGCUUUUGCCCUCGUGAUGGGUAUAAAGAGUGAGACUGAUGUUAAAAGAGACUUCACAAACCCUAAAAGUUUAAGCUGCCAGCAGCCGUGACGCACCCAUUUGUGCCGAGCACGUUUCGCUUUGGAGAGCAAGCCCUCGGAUUGGCUCGUCGCCGGGGCUGUGAUUGACAGCCCGGUUCACGAGGUGUCACUCAUAAGCAGCGAUGUGUACCCGCGGCCGCCAUUUUGUAAAGUAAUAAAAACGACGUGUGAAUCCGCGCGUCGUGAGAGAUUAGUCAUCCAGCGGGCUCUCGACACGACCAGGUGGCUCGCCAAGUCUUUGAAGUGUGUCUGCAGAAGUCCAGGCUAAAGGAAACAUGUUUUGAAUAUUAAUGAGAUGGCGACGGUUGCAUUUUGUAGGAGUGCAAAGAAAAAAUACAGUAUCACAAAAUCCAGCAUCUUGCAGUCUUUGUUGGCGGGGGGGUGGGGGGUUGGGGGGGGGCGGUGGCGGUUGUAGUAUGUAAAUCAUUUCCCUAAGUCAAUGGACCGAAACAAAUCAUUGGUCCUAACCAUGUGUACAGGAAUAACAUUUGGUUGUUCCUUUCAUGACUCAUGUAAAUGGCAACAAGACCAGGUCAAAACCUAGUAUAUGGCUGGACCUCUCCUGCUGACCAAUGGUGUAACUUCAUAUAACUCGGCCGACCAAUGGUGUAACUUCAUCACUCACUCACUCAGUCAGUCACAGACAUUCGCGUUUGUAGGGCUGGCCCUGCUGUUGCGGUCCGGCCAAAAAUGGACCGAACCGCAAGGUGGGUCAUUAUUCGGAGUGGGGCGCACGUAAAUGGGGGGUCGUUGUGACCCUUUUAAUUUAAUCCGGGGAACUCGGAAUGCGAAUGCCAUUCUAUGAAUAGAUGUUCUCUCUCUUUUUUUUUUUUUUUUCUUUUUCUUCCCCCCCUGUGGAACUCAGGACGUGUAAGAACGCAGUUAUGUGCUUCAGCUCCUGCUCUUAUGGUUGAGUGCAGAGUGCAUUGCGUUUGCACUGAAGGGCAUUUACAGCAUGGGUACAAUGCUUUAUGAUGCACUAGAGAGGACAUUUACAAGGCAAAAUGAGGUGUGCGCAUCGCGGUCGGUUCACUGUCUCAGAUUUUCUGUGGCUGAACUUUCAGCCUGCUUCGCGUCUCGCAAAACUCAAUUAAACUUCGCUUCGCUCUGUGGAA